GACAAGGGCAUCAUAGCACGUUCACCCUUGUAAAACUCCCAACCGAGGAAUACGAUGAGGAGAACAGCAAAGACGCAAAAGAGCGCGAUGACGGCCUUGUCGUUCCAUGGGCGUGUCACACCUCCCCAUUGGA